AGUGAAAUCAUCCAAGACUAAAUCAAGUUAGUGGACAAAUUUCAGUGAAGAUUCUACCAGGAAGAGUAAAUCUUGGAAAACACUGGAAAUAGCCUGAAAGAGAGUCAAAGAAAUAAAUACAUAUGGUUGCAGCAAGAUACCCAGAGUAGAAACACUCCGCAAGAAAUUCUCAAAUACUCCACCAUAGACAAAGAUAUCAGCUUUUAAACGAGAUGGGAAAGAUUGGUUGUACCAUAGAUGGCAACCUAGAUGACUCGAAAUUCAGCGAUCCGAUGCCAUGGAUCGGUAUCUAUGUUGCAGCAGCAUCUGCAGCUUGUGCACUGGCCAUGGCGAUCGAUGUCCUUCGUGGCCUGCGCCGGAGAAAACUCUGGUUUCCUUGCUACUACUUCUCUCUCAACGCUACAACCUUAACUCUCCUAGCUGUAGCUACCAAGUUGUCUGUCGAUCUAAAUACCUCCAUGCCUCGCCGACAAGAUCAGCUGACGAAACUUAGCAGUGCUGCUCUAAUCUGUACGGUAAUUGCUAAUUUUUUGCCUUCUUUGGGUCUCAUGGAGAACAAAGAGCUGUUGAUGAACAUAAUGGCUUUGGGGAUUUUCGUCAUCACCGCCAUCGUGAACAUUGGCAUACAAUUGGCUACUGGUGUAAUCUAUGUUUACUUCAAAGAGCAUAUAGCCCUCAUGUUUCUUAUGCUUAUUUUGCUUCUGUUACUGAUCUCCUCAGCCUUGACACUACCAACUACAAAGUGUUAUUUGGACCUGAAAUAUAACAAGAAGUACAAGUUAGCAAACAAAGAAUGCAACAUCAACUAUACAUGCAAAACACAGAAACUAAAGGACGAGCUGAUGAGAUUAUGGACCAUGGCCUAUACCUCUAACCCCCACUUUGUGGUGGGGCGUUUAACGACAUGCACUGCUUCUGGAGGUUUCUGCCUUCUGAGCACAGUAAUUUAUGCUGAAGCCAUGCUUAAGUCUUACUUUCUCCAUUCGAGCUUCAGCUUUUGUAGUGGAGACUCUGAAUACAAGUGGUCCACAACCUUGAUUCUUGUAACUCAUACAGUGGCAAUAGGAGUAGGAACUAUUGCACCAGCUUUUAGAUGGUUCCUAGCCAUAAAUUUCCACUGCCCCAAGAAAACAAAUAAUGCCUGCAAACUCACGUUGUUCAAAGUGGAGAACUACUGGAUCCGUAUACUGCUUAAGUGGAAAGAAUGCCCGUUGGAUUUCACAAUUUGUGGCCGGCAUGGAAGAAAAUUCGCUCAUAAAACAAAAAACAAACUUCUCGAUAUCUGCAUUUGGAUGCAGAUUCUGAUGGUGUCACUCAGUAAGAUGGUUCGGCUCAUUUCCACUUUCUCUGUGAGUUGGUUACUGAUAAGCUGUCAGAAAGCAACCAGAAUGCUGAAAUGCAAAAAUGUGGUGCCGAGUCAUACUAUCGAGUCACAAGCUAGUCUAAAGCCAGAUCUUAGCCACUAUGUUUUACACCUGGAAGGAGAGGAAGUAUUAAUUGAUUUGAUGAUGCAAAGCAACUGUGAUGUGGUAGACAAAUGGAUAGGGAUGGGGAAAAAGGAGCAGCCUAAACAUCUAAUACAAUUUUUGGAGAAAGUGAAGACAUCACCUGGAUUCAGGGGAGUGCAUGAAUUCGACCAUGCUAAAAUUCCUUCUUUAGAAUCGGAAGAACCUCCUAAUUGCUGGGCUCUUCCUAUAGUGACACUGACAAGCAUUGCAAUUGCACUUCCAGACAUUGAUUUCCACUUAAUCAAGGAAUUAAUAAGGAGUGUGUAUGAAGGUCUCAUGUAUAUCAAACUUGUUGAAGAGAAUCUGGAUAGCAGAAAAGACCUAGUAUACAUCAGGAAGGCGGCAGAGUUAGUGUGGGUAGAAGUUGACUUAUGUUACAAGUGGCUGGACGUCGAUCUCCGCAAAACUGCCACUGAAGGACAAAAUCCAAAAGGCGUGCUUGAAGGACUCUCUGAGAAAGCAAAGCAGAGAUUUGUCGAAAUCAGAAAGAAAGAUCUGAAUGCUUGUUUAAAGGAUUCACCUUCAAAAUGGCCUACCAAUAUGUUGGCAGCAAACUGUAUGUACAGAGUAUGUCAAACUCUACUGCAAACUUCUGAUAGCAAAGCAUUUGAGAACAGCAAAACUAUGUUUGACAGAUUGUCAACCAUGAUUGCGGAUAUAACAGGUGCUUGUCUUACCAAUCUUCAUAGAGUUAUAUCCAUGCAAUGCCACCAUGGCACCAUUGAAGAGAGAGCAGCAGGUGUCCGCUCUGCCAUCUUACUUAUGGGGAAAGCAGAGAGUGUUCUGCAUAUUCUUCGUUCACAGCCACUUCCAAGUUCAGCCCCAGAUCAAUUGGAAAAAAUUGAUCAUUGGCGUACACAUAGCAAAGAGGUAGACUACCUCUCCUGUAGUAAUUCACCCUCAAAUUGUACUCCAACUUCCCAAAGUUCAUCUGACUUGUAUCUAACUGUGGACUAAGAAGCAAAUACCUGAAAGUAGGAAAAGGAAAACGACACUACCUUAAGUUCUAAUGCUAUAGUAUCAUAUUUGUUUCUAUUUUAAUAUUUAUAAGAAACAAUCGAAAUUUAUUUGUUUCA